CGACGGCGUAUUAAGGGGGCGUAUACAGAAAAGGAUGGGUUCGAUUUUUUGUUUCAUUGUUCACCUGCGGAUAAGUGACAGGUGUACAGUACCGUCUCAGGUAUAAAAGACGCUCACAUUUGCGUCAGUCGUCGUUCAAUCGUGCCCAAGGAUGGCUAAGACUAUUUUGCUAGCUGGUCUUCUCGUCUGUUUUAUUGAGCAUUCGUUCUCUGUGAAUGAAGGACAAGGUCAGGAACCACCUGUUCCGGAUGUUAGACAAUUUCUUUAUGCUCCAAUGUCCGCCCUGGGUACCGGGGCUGGGGUAGCCGCACCAGCAGUAGUAGCAUCUCCACCAGUGGCUAAUCCAUGCCAAUCGCUGGAUGCCCAAUACCCUGCAAAGCCUUGUAGCCCACCUCAAGAGAUACCGAAUCCUGCUUAUUUACCUGUUGCAGCUCCAGCACCUUUUUAUCAACCGCAAACUGUUCAAACUCUACCGCAAGCUAUGCCAGCAACACCUGUACUUCCUCCAAUGCCAGCUGUCUACAUGGAUUACAACCGCUAUCCCUACGUGAAUAACAAACAACUAUAUGACGAUCGAAUCCCAAUCAUUCCGGAAGAUGAAGUUCCAUCACAAUACAUCUAGUGAUUUGUUUGAAAUGCUAUAUAGAAUUGUCUCGUAAUAUUUGAUUAUUUGUAUGAAUGUUGACUGGUUUUUUAAAUAUAUGACAUGAUCUUAA